AAGAGAAAGCGAAUAGCCCAUGCUUGCGAGGCCUGCAGACAGCGCAAGUCUCGGUGUGAUGGAUCGCGACCGACAUGCGACCUGUGUGAAGAGCUGGGAACUCCUUGCUAUUAUCGAGAAGGCGCUAAAUCAUCUACAGUGGCACCGGAUAGGCAGUCUUUUAAUCGCCUUGAGAACAGGCUUGCGGAUAUAGAGGCGCUUCUCCAAGCA